AUGGACCGGAUAUUCCGACUUAGGCAAAAAGAGCUCGAUUUCAUCGAUACGGCGUUUUUCACCGCCGGUCCAGACCGGCAACUUCCUACGCCAACUCAAGUGCGAGCCUUGUCCAAGGAUGUUGAUACACGUCCGCAACCCACGCCUGUGAAAUAUGAGGAGCUCGGCCUGAUUGUGAAGUUUGGCCCUUAUGUUACAACCGUCGAGGCACUGAACCUUUGGAUGAUUAAAAAGGUUUUUGGUGACGACAUUCCCGUAUCCGAGGUAUUUGGCUGGCGCGUUGAUAGUCAUGGGUAUACCUUCAUCUAUAUGGAGCUGAUCAGGGAGUCGACCCUCGAAGAGUUCUGGGACUCUCUUGGUAUUAUCGAGAAAAGAGCCAUAGGUGACCAGCUCUCCCAGAUUACGGGAAAGUUACGCAGACUCGAACAGGACCCCUCGGAGCGGUUUAUUGGAUCAAUAAACCACGAACAUUUACCGGACUACGUGUUUGUUUACCAGCCGAAAACAGGCCCGUUCUCGAGCGUAAAGGACUUUAACGACUGGUUUGCUGCUUUGCAUCAACUACGUCUUGGAGUCAAAUACGAUGACCCUAACCGACCUUUCUUACCGGAUACUGGAGAGAUUAAUCUGACUCACGGAGAUCUCCAUCGGCGCAAUAUCAUUGUCCCUUCUACCAGUCCAGCUCGGGUGGUCAUUGUGGACUGGCAGCAAUCAGGAUGGUAUCCGGAUUAUUGGGAGUAUUGCAAAGCUCUCUACACCUGCUGGUAUGAGGAUGAGUGGCGCAAGGACUACAUCGAUAGAUUUUUGCAACCUCAGACGGACGUGUUCCUUAUAUUUUCUGAGUACACUAUCGCCAUGGGUGCCGUUUGA